AUGUCACAUUUAUUUAGUGGUGACUUACCAUUACCUUCAAAUAAUACCACUACUACCACUAAUCAUAUACUGCCAAUUGCCAGUGAACUUAUGGCACUUCCACCAUAUAAUAUAGAUGAUCUGAUUACUCCAAAUAGUUCAUUAACUAAUAUAACAAGUUUACCAAAUGGUGAUACAACACGUUCUUUACUUGCUGGUCAUGAUAGUCUGACAGCUAACAUCAAUAAUACUACUCAUACAAUUUCACCAUCAUCAAGUGUAAACAAUACAUUACCAAAAAUUGAUCCUCUACAUGGCCUCUUACUUGGUAAUACAACAGCAUUUGAUGCAAUAAAUACUCAACAACAAGAGCAUUGCACACAUAUCUCACCUUCACAGCAACAACAACAACAACAACAACAACAAUCAACUGUAGCUGUAACUACAAGUCCUUGUAAUCGCAUGAAUGACUUAUUUCAAACAAAAGGCAACACAGAAAAUGAUUCUUCAUCGUUACUUAUUAACAAUAUUUCACAAUCACCAUUUGAUCAAGAUGAUAAAGAGGUAGCUGAAAGUCUCUCACAUACAACCAAUUAUUCACUUCAAUUUGAAGCAUUACCAAAUGAUGAAGAUGAUAAUGAAAAUGGUGAUAUAGUUUUUAUGCCAAUUAAAACACAUGAUGAUGAUGAACAAAUUAAUGAUAAUCAAGAUCCACUUGUAUCACCAUCGAAAUAUCGUGAUGAUUCACUUUGGUCAAAAUCAUGCCAUUCCGGAGGUGAAAGUCCAAUGAAAGGAUUAAAAACAUCAAGUCAUCAAGUUUUGGAUGACUUUAGUGAUCCAGGAGAAACAAGUGAUAGAGAUGAUGAUUCAACAGCUGAUGAAGAAGAUUUAUUACAUUCACGUGUAAAACGUCGUAGUGGACGGUCACCAAAUAGUUCUCAAAUACCGUUAAAUGUUGAUGCAUUGCAUGCUAUUCGUGAAUUAACUCAUCAAUUAAAUCAACAUCGUUCACAUGUAACAAAUCUAUCGUCUGAACCUAUUUCACAAACAACAUAUCAACCAGCAUAUGAUGAAAAACUUGAACGAUGUUGUCAACGUCUCGAACAAUUAACAAGCAAAGUUGAUAGAUUGAUUAAUCUCGAACAAACUGUUGUCACUUCUCGACCAAGUCGGCCAAGUCCUAGCACAGCACCAAUUGAUAUAAUAACAACAAAUGAACCCGAACUAACUUUAACCGAUGCACAUUAUGAUCGAUUAGAAACUAUACUUAUAGAAAAAAUUCAAACAUAUGUACAAGCAGCAAUGAAAUCUGUAUUUGAACCAUAUCGAGAUUUAAAAGAUAAUUUACAUAAAGAGUUAGCUGCAAAAUUAUUAGCUACUGAUACAGUUAUUAAACAAACAAUAACACAAAUAUUUCGUUCAAAGACGAUGAUUGAUUCAUUAAGUAAUGCCGUAGCAAAUGCAAUUCAAACAACAAUGAUCACAUCCUAUCGUGAUACAUUUAAUCAAAUUGUUAUACCAUCAUUUGAAAAAGCUGCAACAAAUAUGUUUCAACAAACAAAUGAUGUAUUUAAACGUGGUACAAAAGAAUAUUUACAAGAAAUGAUCGAAUAUGGUCGUCAACAACAACGUUCAUUAAUUCAACAACGUGAACAAAUGAUGACUGAAAUACGUAAAGAAUCAACACAAUUAUUAAAAGAAUUUGAAAAGAAAAAUCAAGAAUUAAUAAAUAUGCUUCAAAAUGAAAUUACUCAAUAUAUGACAACAAAUCUUACACCUUUAGUUCGAGAGAUGAUACAAUCAAUUAUUCGUGAUGAAAUCACAAAUAUUUUACGUGAAUUAUUAGUUACACAAAAGAAUGAAAUAAAUACUUUAAUUAUUCAACAUCUUCGUCAACAACAACAACAACAACAACAACAACAACAACAACAAAGAACAAUUACACCAAAACCACAAUCAGCAGUUAGUCAAGCAACAACUCCAGUAGCUACUGUUGCAUCAUCUAAUCUAACAAAUAAAACUUCAACAACUGAUAUUAAACAACAAACUGCAUUGAAAUUUGUUCAUUCUGGCCAAUUAAAUCAAGCAUUUGAAUAUGUUUUAUCGGCAUCUGAUUUAAAUCUUGUUUUAUAUCUAUGUGAAAAUAUCCGUCCAUCUGAAUUAUUUUCAAUGCAACCAUGUCCAUUACAAAUUCCAGUUAUUCUUUCUUUAAUUCAACAACUUGCAGCUGAUUUAAAUACACAUCAAGAAUUAAAAUAUAGUUAUUUAUAUGAAGCAUUGAUUUGUCUUGAUUUAUCACAUCCAAAUGUACGAGAUUAUUUAUAUAAUGUAUUAAUUGAUCUUAAUAAAAAAUUAUAUGCGUAUAUUCAAACAAAUCCAACAACAACAAUGGCGAAACGUUUUCAAUUAUUAUAUAUGGCCAGUCAAGGUUUAGUACAAAAAAUUCUUCAGCAACGAGCAACACCAAUAAAUCAAAUAUUAUCAUCAUCAAAAUAA